CAUGUUUGGCCAAGGAGCCACCAUGGAGAGAUAAAAGAGUCACAUGUGGAUCUGGAGCCGCAGGUUACAGACCUCUGAUAUGGAUUCUUCAUUGAAAGAGACCUCCUAAAUACAUGAAUGUAACUUCACAACCUGUAACCACCAGAAGCAAUGUGUGGUUCACCGUCUUCUGGUCAGAGGUCCACUGCUCUACCUCUGCAGCAUCCAUGAUAAUAUAUUUUAUUUCUCUGCUUUUCAGAUGACAUACAACCUGGACAACCACACUGUCAUCUGCGACGAGAAGGAGUUGGGAUUGCAGAGCUUUCGCUCCAUCGUCCAGCCUGUGCUCUACAGCAUCAUCUUCCUCCUCGGUUUAACAGGAAACGGUCUGAUGAUCACGAUCCUGUUGAGGCGUCGGCACCGCCUGCGCAUCACAGAGAUCUACCUGCUGCAUCUCGCCGUGGCAGACCUCAUGCUUCUGUCCACGUUCCCCUUUGAGACGAUCGACGGCAUCGCCAACUGGGUUUUUGGAGACUUCCUCUGCAUGGCCAAAGGUGUGCUGGAGAACCUCAACCUGCUGUGCGGGAGCUUACUCCUCGCUUGCAUCGGGUUCGAUCGUUACCUCGCCAUUGUUCACGCCAUCCCCAGCAUGCAAAGUCGGCGUCCAGGAAAAGUGCACCAAGUGUGCGGCGUGUUGUGGUUUAUCUGCUUGCUCCUGUCGUUCCCGAAUGCCGUGUUUCUCUCUGUGGAGAAGUUAAGGAACUCCUCGCUCGAUUGCUACUAUUACCGAUUCGAGAUCCACGCGCACGAUUGGGUCCUGGCCAACAGAAUCCUGCAUCACGUCUGCUUCUUCUUCUCCAUUGUGGUCAUGAGCUACUGCUACACCGCUCUGGUGGUCACGCUGUGGAAAAGUCCGAAACGUAAAGCCAAGAAGGGCGCCGUUCGGCUGGCUUUGCUCGUCACGCUCGUCUUCUGCGUCUGCUGGCUCCCGUACAACGUGGCCCUGCUCAUACAAACCUUGGUAGAUCUGGACGUCAUGACCUACAACUCCUGCGGAUUCCUGACCCUGCUGAGUAAGAGCUCCAUCGUGACCAAGACCCUGGGCCUGUCCCACUGCUGCCUCAAUCCCUUCCUUUACGCUUUCGCCGGGGCGCAGUUUCGCAGCGAGCUGGUACAGUUGCUUGUUAGGAUGGGCUGCAGCCGAGUCUUCGCGAGAGGUCAGGGCCAGAGCCGUCCAUCCAUCUCUGAAGGCACAACCACCAACAGCACCACCUUCAUGAAUUAAGCGCCAGGACUAUAAACCUUUAUGGCUUUUCGCAAUCCAGAGACAGCUACCCAAAUAUGAGAGAUUUCAACCUAUAAAGAUGACCAAAAUCCCCAAUGGAGCCAUUUAUCUUAGGCCAGACACAAGAUCUACAUGUUGAGAAAAAAAAAAAAAAAGAAAGACUCGACACAACCAACCAAGGAACAUAAAGUCUGGUUUUUCACACGGUGGUGUCAAUUGGACGACAAAAAAACCCCACAACCUUCAGCCAAUUGAUGCCUCUGCGAAACUACAUCCAAGUCAUGUGAUGCAACUAUCAAUGUUAAGGGCAAAAUUACAGUUGUUGGGGAGGUAAACUGUGGAAAAAUGUUUAGCGUGUCUAUUAGUCUGCUAAGUUUUUCGGUUAGUAAGGGUCCAACACCUUCAACGGAGCAGCUGUUUCUCACCUGAAAAGCAGAUGUAGAUACAACAGGACAAGCCAUUUUUGAGUUGAGUCUCGUUUCCAUUGAGCGGUAUUUUGAGCGUUUAUUAUAAAAUGGACCUGUUAAGCCGACCAGAACCGUACCAUUUUUAGGUUGGUCCGUAGAAAAAUCGAACGGACUAGUUAGGGCGGAGCUACUGUAGAAACCCAUUGAUUGGCGGAUAAAAACGGCAGUGCUCCUAUUCGCCGCCCCAAUCUUCUCUCAAACGGCAUUGAAAUUCUUUGUAUAUAU